CUUCAAAGUUCAAAGGUGGAUCGAUCGAGCUUGGACAUGAUCGGGAACAAAGUGCCGCGGAUCACGAUCAUGCUCUGCAGCUUGUGCCGAAGAAUUAAGAAAGAGAGCAGAGUCACCGUCUCACUUUUCCCAAGAUUUAAAAGAUACCAAGGACAACACAACAGGCAGAGAGGGAGGGGCGCUGAAAACAUUCAAGCCAGUGUGACUCAUUGGUUGAAGAACAGCGUGCAGUAAGGAGCCAGCGGCAGUGGAUUGCGCACCGUGGUGUUACCGUUGAAGGAGAUGCUCUGGGAUUUGGUCACGAGUAUCCGACCGACCCUCGGCUCACGAGAGGAGCGGAGGCUAGAGUGAGAUAGACUAGGCAGAGACAGGAGGAGCAUCGUAACCCCGUGGCAUGGUGGUAGUGGUAGUAGCGCUAGCGUAGAACUCCGCGCUGUUUAAAAGCCGAGCUCGGUGGUGGAUCAGGGCAGUGGGCUUGUGUGGUGAGAACUUCAGGCACGGCGAUCACACACUCUACUCCGGCUGAGAAGUUUUGAUGGAUCACUUCCAGUUUUUCCAGUCUCCAGUUGCUUCCGCGAGGGAGUGGUGGUAUAACAGAGUGUGGAAGGAGGAGCCGUAUGACGAUGGCGACGAUGAAAUGGAGGAUCGGCUCAAGGACUCGGACGACACGAGCAGCCAGUACUCUGAGAAUGUCGUUGUGCUGAAGGUUGGGAUCCAUUGCGAGGAGUGCAAGAGGAUCGUAGGAGACGCUCUCUGGGCUAUGCCAGGAGUGGAUCGAGUGGAUGUUGACAAGCUGCGACAAAAGGUCACUGUGACCGGCAAAGUGAGCACCAAGCGAGUUCUUCGCACAGUCCAGAGGACUGGGAAGCGCGUGGAGCUGUGGAAGAUUGGAGGAGAUUCUAAACGAGAGGCCAGUAGCUCUGAGAUCUCUGCUGCUCAUUCCCAUCACGUAGGAGCCGCCAACGAAGACGAGGAAGAAGAAGAAGAGUCUCUUUGCACGAUAAUGUGAAAGAGAAAGAGAGUGGAGUCUUUGCUUUGUAAAUCCAAAGAAUGCUAAGUAUUGCUGCUCGGAAUUCUACUUUAGGAAAGAGGUUUUGUCGAAUCCAACGGCCGGGAUUUGAAGUACAAGUGGAAGGUCCGAGUUUAGGGCUCGUGGUUUUAGGGCGGUGUGAUGGCGAGCGCGAGCGCGAGUGCGAGUGCGAGCGCUUGGCGAAUGUAGUCUCGAUCCAUUCUUGCCGAUGGAAGAAGCGUGCUGGCACGAUUGGACGACAGUGGAGGCUAAGCAGGUUGUCCAGGCCGGUCCUACCGUCAGCAAGCACGGCUAUGGAUUGCUGCUGCCCGGCGAGGAUGCCAUCGCCGAGAGCUCGGGUGUUCUUCUUGUGAAUAUCGAUCGACCAGGGACGCUACUGCUUACAAGCUUUCGUCUAGUGUUUCUGCAUGGAGAACAGGUGUGCAAUAUGGGAACCAUACCUUUGGCGACAAUCGAGAAGUUCUCAAAGCAGCAAGCAGUUCGUCCUCCUGGACCUCGGAGCUCUAUUUCUCCGCGUCGGCUCUUGCAAAUUGUUGGGAAGGACUUGAGGACCAUUGUGUUCGGAUUUUCUCCUCAUGUGAAGCAUAGAAGGAUCAUCUUUGAUGCUCUUCAAAGAUUAACAAGGCCAGCAAGGUUGUGGGACCUGUAUGCUUUUUCAGCGGAAUGGGCCAAAUCUUGUCUGGGAUUCGACUCGGAUCCCCGGGUACGUCUUCAAAGCGAAUACGAGCGCAUCAUUUCGCAUCACAAAAGCUACUGGACCUUAAGUGAUGUGAACUCCGACUACAUGCUCUGUGCAACGUAUCCUUCACUUCUUGUGAUGCCAAAGUCACUGAGUAAUGAAGAGUUUCAGCAAGGAGCAGAUUUUCGUGCCCGUGGAAGGCUGCCUACGUUGAGCUGGCAGCAUCCAGAUAAUGGCGCUGUGCUUGCUCGAUCGUCGCAACCUCUUGUUGGGAUCAUGAUGAACUCCCGCAGUAUUGCGGAUGAGAAACUAGUUGCAGCUCUUUGUGGGCGCCGAAGAAAAUUGUAUAUAGUUGAUGCACGACCAAGGAAAAAUGCUCUAGCCAAUGGGGCCAUGGGUGGCGGGUCGGAAUCUUCUGCGAACUACUCUCACUGCGAGGUGGUAUUCUUAGGAAUUGAUAACAUACAUGCGAUGCGCGAUAGUUUAGGACGCUUGCGUGAUUACUUGGACACUUUUGGCGCGUCAUCCUCCGAUGGUUCCUCAUCACUAUUGAGAGGUGGUGGGUCAAUAUGGGGAGGUGGCAAUUUCAGUAGCACAGCAGCGGCUGUGUCGGCUCUUGGCGAUAGUGGUUGGCUUACGCAUAUUCACAAUCUUCUUGCUGGUGCUGCUUGGAUUGCCGCUCGUAUUGCUGUCGAGGGCGCAUCUGUUCUUGUGCAUUGCAGUGAUGGCUGGGAUAGAACGACUCAGCUUGUGUCACUAGCGCAACUUAUGCUUGACCCGUACUACCGGACCUUUGCGGGAUUUCAAGCAUUGAUUGAAAAAGAUUGGCUGGCAUUUGGACACCCGUUUGCGGAUCGCUUGGGAACGCCUUCAAUGGCCAGUAGUGAGUCUGUACGUUCCACGCCAGCAGCUCCUGCACGGCCACAUCCCAAUCCGAACACUACGUCGGGAACAACAUAUGACACUUCACCAAUAUUUUUACAGUGGUUCGAUUGCGUGUCUCAACUUGUUCGACUAUACCAUCGGGCAUUUGAAUUCUCUGGGGCGUUUCUUGUCGAAUUUAUGGACUCCGUUCUAUCUUGUCGUUUCGGGAACUUCUUAUGCAACAGUGAGAAGGAAAGGGUCCAAGCUCGGAUCGCCGAGAGUGCUUGCAUUUGGACUCACUUCAGAAGAUUGCAAUCUGUGGAAAGCAAGUACAACAAUUGCUUCUAUAUUCCUGCGUCAAGAUUGUUACCUUCGCCAGCUGCGCUAGCUCCGUCUCUGUGGCCAGAGUAUUAUUUACGCUGGAAUUUCCAUCCUGAAAAGAGCUCGGGGUAUUCGCUCCAGGAUCACAUCCAAGACGAAAUACGUGGGAUGUUUCAACGCGCAUCUUCUUCAGAGCAGGUAAAACGCACUAGUAUUUUCUUGUUGUACUCUCAAUACGCGCAGGGCAAGAACCAGGCCGAGAACAAGGUCCAGAACCUCAUGAGCAUUAUCGACGCUCUCCACGACGAGCUGGAGGGCGAGAAGCGAGCUCGAGCCCUGGCAGUGGCCGACGCAAUCCGGGCACGCAAGGAGACGGCAUUCAUCAAGCACGCCGUGGAAACGCUUGGUUGCGAGAUAAGUUUUCCCAGUGCAGAGGACCUUGGCAUGCUAGAAACUCAACUCUACCAUCAGCGGCAACAUCGCCAUCGCCAGGAACAACAGGAUCAAAGCUCCGCCGCCACCAACAAAGCCCCGGACGUGAUCUCGGUCUCGGUGGUGUCCGGCAUCGACAUAUCGGCGAGACAAGCCGUGAAGAAGGAAGCGCAGGGAGACGUCAAGGAUUCGUGUAUCUGGCCCAAAGCGCAGUGCCCGCGAUCCGAGAGCGCAGUGGAGCAAAUCCGUGUGGACUAUGACGCGCUCGAGCAGCUCUCCAUGGACGAUCUUUACUUCCAGUCAUCGCUGCAAGCUCCUCGCCUCACUUAGAGAAAAGAGAGGGAAUUUUUGUUAAUACAUGAACACGGGAUUUCCACCUC